AUGACCCAGAAUUCAGCACUGCCUGAACGUGAGCUGUACAGAAAGAUCUUCUUGGAGAAGUCGAAUGGAGGACCAACUACGGUGGUACAUCGCUUUGAGACCUCCCUCGCGGCCCGACCUCCUAGCCCAUAUCCCGACGAAGAUGAAUCCCUCGAAAAGCCAGGACGUUACCUAGAUGUUGAAGAUGAGGAUGAUGAAGAUGACAGCAACUACGACAGCGAGGAUGAAGAUCGCUUCGAGUAUGAUCCAGACUUUGAGUUCAAGUGGCUGGAGCCUAUCGAUCUUGCUGAAAGGACUGGGGUCUGUCGAGCCUGUCGUGGAGCUCCAGGGUCCGGAUGCCCUACUGCGAAUAGUUAG